AUGAGCCAAGCCGCCGCCGCCACCCUGGCCCCACCGGGCCCGGCCUCGCGCGCUCUGCAUGUGGAGCUGCCCUCCCAGCAGCGGCGUCUUCGGCAUCUACGGAACAUCGCGGCGCGGAACAUCGUCAAUAGGAAUGGCUUUCGUCUCUUGGAUACUUACUUCACCCUUCACUUGUGUGACAAUACAAAGAUCUGUAAAGAAUUCUAUAAGAGUGAAGUAAUAAAGAACUCUCUGAAUCCAACAUGGCGGAGUCUUGACUUCGGUCUAAUGCCCGAUCGCCUCGACACAUCCGUAUCCUGCUUUGUGGUGAGGAUAUGGGGUGGCAAGAAAGACUCUUACCAGCUGCUGAUUGAGUGGAAAGUCAAUCUAGAUGGCCUCAAAUAUUUGGGCCAGCAGAUACAUGCUCGUAGUCCAAAUGAAAUCAUUUUUGGGCUGAAUGAUGGUUACUAUGGAGCCUCCUAUGAACAAAAGGGCCACUCAGGAACCCAGAAGAACAGCCUUCUCCAGGUGGACCAGAACUGCGUUCGGAACUCGUAUGACGUCUUCUCUUUGCUUAGGCUCCACCGGGCCCAAUGUGCAAUUAAACAGACUCAGGUAACUGUUCAGAAAAUAGGAAGAGAGAUCGAAGAGAAGCUACGGCUGACGUCGACCAGCAACGAACUGAAAAAAGAGAGUGAGUGUUUACAGUUGAAGAUCCUGGUGCUUAGGAAUGAGCUUGAGAGACAGAAGAAAGCUCUGGACCGAGAGGUGGCUUUGCUGCACAAGAAGCAGAACAUGCUCUACGAGCGAGGAAACGUGUUUGAAGAGGAAUAUCGGAAGCUCCGGACGGAUAAAGAACCCCUGCAGGAGCUGAGGAAAGAAUGCACUGCUAAGAGAGAGCAGUUCUUGAAGACCAAUGCACAGCUGACCAUCAGAUGCAGGCAGUUACUGUCAGAGCUUUCCUACAUUUACCCCAUUGAUUUGAAUGACCAAAAGGAUUAUUUUAUCUGUGGAGUGAAGUUGCCCAAUUCUGAAGACUUUCAAGCAAAGGAUGAUGGGAGCAUUGCUGUCGCCCUGGGCUACACGGCUCACCUGGUCUCCAUGAUUUCCUUCUUCCUGCAAGUGCCACUCAGGUAUCCGAUCAUCCACAAGGGCUCCAGGUCUGCAAUCAAAGAUAAUAUCAACGACAAGCUGACGGAGAAGGAAAGAGAAUUUCCCCUGAAUCCCAAAGGAGGAGAGAAACUGCAGUUUGAGUACGGAGUCUAUCUUCUCAACAAAAAUAUUGCACAGCUAAGAUACCAACACGGGCUGGUGACUCCCGAUCUGCGGCAGACCCUUCCGAACCUGAAGAACUUCCUGGAGCACGGGCUCUUGGUCAGGUGUGACCGGCAUCACAUUUCCAGUGCCAUUCCAGUUCCGAAGAGACAAAGUUCGACGUUUGGGGGUUUGGACGCUGGCUUCUCUGGCAGCCAUCCUUCUCCGGACAAGGGACUUCGAAAACGAGCCAACUCGGACAACGAGAGACUGCAGUACAAAACUCCCCCGCCGAGUUACAACUCGGCUUUAACCCAGCCCGUUGCCAUUGUAGGAGAGCCCGAGAGAAAUGUGGGAUCUUUAUCCUCCUCUUUAGAUACCUCCAUUGACUUCUCGAAAGAAAACAAAAAGGGAGAAGGCGUGAGUAACAGCUUAAAUGGAGAAAGCAGGAGCCCAAACAGUUCCCAGAACCAGCAGGAAUCUUUCCUCGAAUCCUCCCAUGCAGUGAACGGUGCAGCACUGCCUGGCGAGCGCCCUGGGUCCACAGCCAACGAGCUGCCGUGUCCGUUCCGCAGCCCCCUCGGGGCCGACCUCCUCUGCACAGUCGAGCAAGCCGAAGAGAUCAUCGGGAUGGAAGCGACCGGGUUUGGCACCGGGGACCAGCUCGAAGCCUUCAACUACAUCCCCGUGGACCACGCCGUGGCCGUGGAGUGUGAUGAGCAAGUCCUCGGGGAAUUUGAAGAGUUCUCCCGCAGGAUCUAUGCCUUGAACAAGGACGCGCCCACCUUCCGCAGGCCGCGGAAGGGUUCCGACAAGUGAGUGUUGGGCCCCGGAGCCGCAGU